GCGUAUCCGUAUGACGCUUGACAAUACUCUUGCCCUGUUCACUGCUACCUUAGUUUCAGGGAUGUACGAGAGCUUACGGCCUGGAGUGUAUAAAGCCAUCCUGAGGCCGCACGGUAACAUUGCCAUACAUAUCAGCUCAUUUGAGCAAAACACCUAGCCAUCAGUCAACUUCAUUCUCCACUCUAUCAUACCGACCGUCACAUAUCCUCAUGCCGUCUCCACCAAGAAGCGCAAUAUCCUUUCCGAGUCAGGCCGACCUCUUCUAUUUCUGCACCACCUCAUCAACCUCUGAAGAAGACCUCAACAUCCACUAUGCACCUCCUUCAAAAUCCUCAUUACGCAUCGGCGUGCUGGUACUCAGCAACGACCAAGUUCAACUAGCCGACCUAGUCGCACUUGACCUUCUCGCCAUGGUCGGAAGAAACAGAAUCAGCAGAAUGCACGCCACGGCAGCAGCCAUCGACGAGGCCGUGGACGAAAUUGACAUUCGAUAUGUCAGUGUGACCGGAGAGGGGAGUUUUCCUGUCACGGCUGGCACGCGAAUGCCGGUGACGAACUCGUUUGACAACGCGCCUCAAUUCGACAUCCUCGUCAUUCCUGGAUCUUUUUCAUCCACCGCAAUGCCGGUGGAAGCUACCUCCUUCCUCACCUCGCAAUGUCUAAACCCCAAUCUCAUCGCCAUCAUGAGCAUAGCCUCGGGAAUCUAUCCCCUCGUCCAAGCCGGCAUCUUACACGGCACACGAGCCGCAGCACCCAGAUCGCUACUCCCAAUGCUGCAGCAACAGUAUCCGGAGACGCUAUGGCAGCAUUCAUCCUGGGCCCGCCACGAAAAAGUCUGGUCGAGCAACUCGUCGGUUUCAGCACUCGAUAUGGUUUCGACGUGGAUGCGCGAGUACUUUUGGGAUAGAAGCGAGACUGUAGAAUUUGCGCUUACGGCUGCGGGUAUGGGCUCGCUUUAUGACUAUAAUCACUGCGAUUAUUGAUGAUUUGAUUGGGCCGAUUAGCAUUGAAUGGCGCUUCCGGACAUGAUCUCAACUCUGUAUAACAAGCACACUGUUUUGGCAAGAAUGAGGCGUUCUUGAGAUGUUAUAUAGAUAUGUAUAAGAUUUUGUUGCAGAUAUGCA